UUGUCCAUAACCCUUAGCUCAUAUCAAUUCCCACUCAUCUCUUAUCCUCUCCUUAGUUUUAAUAUACUCAAUGGCUUCACUUCCACUUGUUUUCUUCUUUUUAAGCUUUUGCUUCUAUUCUACUUUUGCUGAUUAUGGAGGAUGGCAAACUGCUCAUGCCACUUUCUAUGGAGGGGGUGAUGCCUCUGGCACAAUGGGGGGGGCUUGUGGAUAUGGAAAUUUGUAUAGCCAAGGGUAUGGAACUAACACUGCAGCACUAAGUACAGCACUAUUCAACAAUGGUUUAACUUGUGGUGCUUGUUAUGAGCUCACUUGCAACAAUGCAGCUCAAUGGUGUCUCCAAGGAACUAUUACAGUCACUGCAACUAAUUUUUGUCCUCCGAACCCGUCUCUGCCUAACAAUAAUGGUGGUUGGUGCAAUCCUCCUCUCCAACAUUUUGAUUUAGCACAACCUGCUUUCUUGGAAAUUGCUAAAUACCAAGCUGGUAUCGUCCCUGUAUCUUUUCGAAGGGUACCCUGUAUGAGAAAAGGAGGAAUAAGGUUUACAGUAAAUGGACACUCUUUUUUCAACUUGGUUUUAGUGACAAAUGUUGGAGGUGCUGGUGAUAUUCAAUCAGUUUCAAUUAAAGGGUCCAAUACUGGAUGGCAAGCAAUGUCAAGAAAUUGGGGCCAAAAUUGGCAAAGCAAUUCUAAUCUAAAUGGUCAAAGUCUUUCAUUUCAAGUCACUACAAGUGAUGGAAGGACACUCAUUAGCAACAAUGCUGCACCAACUAAUUGGCAAUUUGGACAAACUUUUGAAGGGGCUCAAUUUUAAUUAAUUAAUUUACUAUAAGCACAAAUUGAGGGGUUUUCAACUUGUAAUUUGUAUAUGGCAUGAAAGGGGUGAGUAGGUUUGGGAGAAAACUCCCUCAUGGUGGGGAGUUUGGCUCUAUUGCUGUGGUGGCUGGUUUGCACCCGCUUAGGCCUAUUAGUAAUUUUUAUUUUUUUUACAAUUUUAGGGAUAUUUGAUUAGUGGCCAUUUAUGGAUUUGAAGGUCACUUGAAUAUCACAUAGAUUUGUCUAUUAGUAGUACCUAAUUCAUUGUGUAAGCAGAAUUAGGGCAACUUCAUGUCAUCAUGUUAUCCUUCUUUAUAAUUGCUUUGGUACAUUUUCUUCUUCCA